ACCACUCGUCAACCCACCACGCCUUCGUUCACUCAUCACUUUACUAGAAGAACCACAGAAGAACUUGUAGAGUCGUCAACAGUAUUUAAGAGAGGUUGUCUUAUCGACUUGAUAAUCGUUCUGGACUCUUCUGGAAGUGUUGAAGAGACUUUCCGUCGUGAAAAAGAACUUGCAGCUGGCAUUAUCUCUCGACUGAGGAUUGGGCCUGACAAUGCUAGGGUUACCAUCAUAAGAUUUGCUGGAAGUCAAAGUGUACGGACUGUGUAUUCGUUUGAUGAUCCGCAGUCAAAGAACAAAAUUCUUCGGGUUCUAGACGGUCUCCAUUUCAGCUCUGGUACAACAGCCAUCGAUGCGGCUUUGGUGAAGGCAUUCCACGAAUAUACAGUGGACAACGGUGCUCGACCAGGUCAUGCUAGACCUGUAGCGGUAAUCUUCACCGAUGGAUACGGUAGACGAUCGGCACUGAAAGCUGCUGAACAACUCAGACAUGUCAUUCCCGAUACAUAUGCUAUCGCUAUCAACCACAUGUUCGCCAUUGCUCGGCCAGAACUCGAAGUGAUUGUGGGACAACCUGAGCGAGUAUUUACGGAUGAAAAUAUUGGAAAAUUCCAUGAUAUUCUAGAGAACGUUGCGAAGGACUGCAUCGUUGAUUAG